AUGGAAGAAGAAAUUGAAUAGUUUACAGUUGGGCAUGAAAAACCUUUUCCAUAAGAUAUUAAAUAACUCUAUUGGAGUAAUAGGAUGGAUUUAUUAGCAGUAGUAACAUCAGAAAAUAUACUAGAACUCCAUAGAAUAAGCUAUAAAUCAUAGAAAGUAUUUCAUAUAGAAGAAAUAAAUUAAAUUGUAAGCACUUGCUUUAGUCCUGAUUCUUACUUGUUAAUAUAUGCAUGCGAUGAUGGUUCAAUGAAUAUUGUUAAAACAGAAAAUGGGAAGCGUUUAUUUUCAAUAGAUAAAAUGCACAAGUGCCAAAUAAGCACACUUGAUUGGGUUGAUUUGUAAGUGUAAUGUAAAAUAGAGAAUCUUAAUAUGUUUAACAAGGGAUCUCAGAUAGAUAGUUUUAUAAUCCCUAUCAUUCCUCAUGAAGCAAGCGAAAAAAAGAAUGUGAUGAAAUUAAAUUUUUUGAGUGAAUUUAACAAUAAAAAUGAUAUUAGAUUCUUAGUCACUUCGGAUAUUGCUUCUAAUCUUAACAUAAGUUUUAAUGGUCUUUUUACAGUUUGUAAAUUUGAUCUCUAACAACUUGUAUCUAACUCGAACUUGUCUGAGCCUCGAUCAUUAUCAACUCUAUUUCUUGACGAUUUAUCGUCUUUUCAUAUUUUUAUUUCUGCAAAAUCAUCUUCAAACCCUUCUAAAGACUAUUUAUGCUUUGCAAAUAUUGAUACUAAUAUAAUUCAUUACUAUAAAGAAGAUAUUGCUAAUAUAGCUUAUCUUAUGUCCUACUUAGAUAAUAUGAUAAACUUUCUCAACAACUCAUUUAUGUCUCUAAACAAAUUAAUUCUUGAAGUUUCUAGAUCAUAUGAUGCAAAAAUGUAUAUUAUGGAAGACCUCAUUAAAAAUAAUUGCUCUUCAAAUGAGUCAGGAGUGAUUGAAAAAUUACCAACAGUUAGUGAAGAGUUUUUAAGAUUCCUUAUUUCAGGCGAAUAUACACCAGCAAUAGACCAAUUUCUGAAAAAGGAAGUCUUUGAUACAAAUAUUUUAGAAAAAAUGGAUUAAACUUUGAAUAAGAAGAUAUAAAGUAUUUAAGAGCUAAUUACUGAAAGUAUGCAAAGUACUGUUCAAAGAAUGAUGGUUGUAAUAUCAUAAUUAGAGUCUUAUGCUGGAUAAGGAAACAAAUAUUAAACACUAGGCCUUGAUUUGAAUGAGUUAAGAAACUUGUCAUUAGUAGUUAAGUAAAUAUUUAAUUUGUGUGAUGAAGUCCUUGUCACCGCAACAGAAAUAAAACUUAGUAUAAGGAAUCUAAUAGUUUGGUUAAAUAGAUGUGUAAUUAAAACAUUUGAAAGUGAUAACGAUUAAGAAAUUUAGAAUCAUAAAUUUGCACUGAAGGAAUUUUAAGUGGAUGUUUAAAGACUCCAUCAUUUUCUUUCUAAUGAGGAGAGAUUCAGGCUGAAAGAUCUCAGAAUAUUUACUGAAAAUAAAGUAGAUUUACCUAUUAAAGAUGAGGAUGAAAUCAAAGGAUCUUUGAAAAUACCUAAACCUGGUUCUAGAAAUCCAAAGUCAAGUACGUAAUUUACAUCUGGUGUAGCUUAAAAUAAUUCAUAAAUGUAGAAUAAAUUUGAUAUUGCUAUUUCAUCUGUUAUUGGUUCAUCAUCUUCAUCUUAAUCAUCAAAUACAAAAUAAUUUGAAAACUCAGGCCUUUUAUAAAGCUAAAUUUUAGAUUUUGUUUUAAAUAGCAUAAACAAUUAAAUUAGCAAUGUUAGUAACAUGAUUUAACCUUUUAAUGUAAUGGUUGAAACUAGAGAAGCUAUGCCUAAAGAAACUCAUUCCUCUAGCAUACUUUAAAAGAUCCCAAAAUCAAACUUGAUAAUUGCUGCAAAAAAUUUGGAAAAAUAAUGGAAUAAUAUAUUCUUAAAGAUGCAAAAUGAAAUUGGAAAUUACACUAAAAAGCCACUUGAAAUAAUCAGACUCUGUCCUUUAUCAAGUUUAACAAGAUUUAAACAACUACACAGUUUCUAAGAAGUUGUAACAUAAGAAUACAAAGUAGUAUAGCCUGGAAAAAUAAGAAAUUAAAAUUUGAUUUAGUUAUUCAGAGUAAAGAAAGUAAGAAAACAAACAAUAAUUUAAGUUGUUUUUAUCAAAGUACCUCAAAAUUAUGAUCUAAAAGAUAUGUGCUUUGACUAGUCUAACAGAUUGCUUGUUUUAUUAUCUAAACAAAUGGAAGAAUAAAUGAAUUAAAGCACUUAAGAAGAUACUGGUUUAUCUGAAAUUCAUCUAAUAAAGGAUGAUGAUAUGAAACCCUCUAAAGAAUUUAUGGGAAAUUUAGUUUAAAAUAUUUAAUUGUCACUUAUAGAGCAAAUUUAGCCUACAGAAAUUUAUUUAAAUGAAAUGAAAAUUAUAAAAACUAUGCGUUUGUAGACUUCAAACUGUGACAAUUUACAGUCUAGUUUUAGAGGAUUAAAUUCUGUAGUACAAGAAACAAACAAAGUAAUUAUUUUUGAUUGA